CUUUAUUAGCAUAACAAACAAACAAUUUCCCCCCACUCUCCCUUACGUACAGCUGUGCGGGUAUCCCGCCCACUUAUCCAAAUCACUGUGUACUGACACACAAGUUGACCAAUAAAAAAAAAAUAUUGGCAACUUGUGCAACCAGCUAUCCAAUAGGAUCGCACGUAAGGCGGGGCCUAAAGAUCAAACUUGGUUGAAUGGCAAUACAAAGACAAGAAGCACCAAAACGGAGGAUAACGCUUAAUCAAUUCUGCGUGCUUCGGGUCUUGAGAAUCUGCAGGGAAAGGACGUGCAGCUCGUCCGGCACACAGUCAUUACGCAGCUCAGCUCGAGCAGAGCGGAUACGACGUUCCUCUGGCGUGACAAUUCAUCUUCUCAUCUAGACGCCAGCGCUGGUGAUGCUGUAGCUAGUGCACCAAGAGCAUUGGAGAUCCCUAUCUGCACAGCACGGAUGAAGACUCCUUCACUAAAAGACACUUGUGAGGUCAUCUUGGGAAGACGCAACUUCUCGUGCAGAUCUAACAGCGUGAGCCCACCCGGCGCUGGCGCUCCUGGACUGAGGGGAGGGACGGAGCACAGAUCCGCCUGGGGCGAGUCUGAGUCUGUGGCGAACGGAUGUCCAUACUCGGCCAGAUCCUCCUGCAAAACGCUCAUACGGUCCAACAGUCGGUGGAGAGAGGACGAUGACUUCGAGCGACAACCGGGCCGAGCCACGACCACCGUCAGCCGGGUUAGUUUCAGAUCCAAGUCUGCCUGGCAAGAACACGGGGAGGAGAGUCGCAACAAUAACAGAUCUUCCCCGAGGUACCGUGAUGGAGAAGUGAGACCCAAGUCCGUGGAGUUGGGUUUGGAGGACAGAAGAACCAAGUCCAAACCAGAGGAGGAGCCCAUGCCAGAAGUGAACUUUUCCAUGAGCGCGUGCUGCAACGGCCUGAUGCAGAUUUUCAAAUCUAAGAAGUUCCAGUCGGAGAAGUUAGAGAGGCUUUACCAGCGCUACUUCUUCCGACUUAACCAGAGCAGCUUGACGAUGCUCAUGGCCGUUCUGGUGCUGGUGUGCGCGGUGAUGCUGGGGUUCCACUGCGCUGGAGGAGUGUAUCGGCUCACUUACGUGGUGGUUUUCUCCACGGCAAUCUUACUCAUUCUUACGCUGAUGGUCGUGUGCAACAGGAACGGCUUCCAUCAGGAUCACAUGUGGAUAGUUUGCUAUGUGCUCAUUUUGGUGGUGCUGGCUGUACAGGUGAUCGGUGUGCUGCUCGUGGAGCCGCGCAGCGCGUCUGAAGGCAUCUGGUGGACCGUGUUUUUCAUCCAUGUCAUUUACACACUUCUGCCGGUGCGGAUGAGAGCAGCGGUCAUCACUGGAAUUAUACUGUCUACCAUACAUGUGCUGGUCUCGUGGAAGUUAAACGAAAUGGACGUCUUUUUGUGGAAACAGCUCGUGUGCAAUGUCCUGAUCUUCUCCUGCACUAAUAUAGUUGGCGUGUGCACACACUACCCAGCAGAAGGCUCACAGAGGCAAGCCUUCCAGGAGACCAGAGAAUGUAUUCAAGCCCGCCUGCACUCUCAGAGAGAAAACCAGCAACAGGAACGCCUCCUCCUCUCUGUGCUUCCUCGAAAUGUCGCCAUGGAGAUGAAAGCCGACAUAAAUGCCAAACAAGAGGAUAUGAUGUUCCACAAGAUCUAUAUUCAAAAGCAUGACAAUGUGAGUAUCCUCUUUGCCGACAUUGAGGGCUUCACCAGUCUGGCUUCUCAGUGCACUGCCCAGGAGUUAGUGAUGACCCUCAACGAGCUCUUCGCACGAUUCGACAAACUGGCCUCCGAGAAUCACUGUCUACGGAUUAAGAUCCUGGGCGACUGCUACUACUGUGUGUCGGGGCUGCCUGAGGCCCGUGCUGACCAUGCGCACUGCUGCGUGGAGAUGGGUGUGGACAUGAUCGAAGCAAUCUCGUUGGUGAGGGAAGUCACCGGUGUCAACGUCAACAUGCGUGUGGGAAUACACAGCGGGCGAGUCCACUGUGGGGUGCUGGGAUUAAGGAAGUGGCAGUUUGAUGUCUGGUCCAACGAUGUCACCUUGGCCAAUCACAUGGAAGCUGGGGGCAAAGCAGGGCGUAUUCAUAUCACCAAGGCCACACUGAACUAUCUGAAUGGGGAUUAUGAUGUGGAACCUGGAUUUGGUGGAGAAAGAAACGUCUAUCUCAAGAAGCACAACAUUGAAACUUACCUCAUUGUGGGCUGCAGUCAGAAGCAGAAAGAAGAAAAGGCCAUGAUUGCUAAAAUGAACCGGCAACACACCAACUCGGUCACACAUAAUAGCACUCACUGGACCGACCGGCCCUUCUACAAUCACCUGGGUGGCAAUCAAGUUUCCAAAGAGAUGAAGAGGAUGGGAUUUGAGGAUCCCAAAGACAAAAACACGCAAGAAAACCUGAACCCUGAGGAUGAGGUGGAUGAGUUUCUGGGACGUGCCAUUGACGCUCGAAGCAUCGACCGAUUACGGUCCGAACAAGUCAAGAAAUUUCUGCUGACGUUCCAAGAACCUGACCUGGAGAAGAAGUACUCCAAACAGGUAGACGCCAGGUUCGGAGCGUAUGUAGCCUGCGCUUCCCUCGUCUUUUUAUUCAUCUGCUUCAUUCAGAUCGUCAUUGUGCCACACUCUGGGCUGAUGGUUGGCUUCUAUAUGCUGUGCCUGGUCCUCGUGAUGGCUGUCAUGUUCAUCUCAGCCAUUUACUCCUGUUUUGGGUUUUUCCCUGUGCCUCUGCAAACUCUCUCAAAAAGGAUUGUUCAGUCCAGACUCAACAGCACCCUGGUGGGGGUUUUUACAACCGUCCUGGUCUUUCUCUCCGCUUUCAUUAACAUUUUUACCUGCAGUACGGAUGACCUGAAGACAUGUUUAGGGCAGGAGUUAAACAUCAGCCCCAGCGUUGUAAAUGCUUGCCAUGUCCGCAGCUCUUCCUUCAACUACUCUCUCUGGUCUCAGGGCAGUCUCUGCAACAGCUUGUCACCCACCUGCAAUUUCCCAGAGUAUUUCUCUUCAUGUGUGCUGCUCAGUUUACUGGCCUGCUCAGUGUUCCUACAGAUCAGCAGUAUUGGUAAACUCUUCCUCAUGCUCUUCAUUGAGAUCCUGUACGUUCUCAUCAUGGAGGUGCCUGAGGUCAGCCUUUUUGACAACGUGGACCUGCUGGUCAUGGCCAAUGCUAUAGAGUAUAUUAAUGGAAAAAGCUGUGUGACAGACACGCGGGUUCCUCUAAAGAUCAUGACUCCAGUCGUCAUCACGGUCUUUGUGCUGGCGCUCUACCUUCAUGCACAGCAGGUGGAGUCUACAGCCAGACUGGAUUUUCUCUGGAAGUUACAGGCCACAGAGGAGAAGGAGGAGAUGGAGGAACUUCAGGCCUAUAACCGUCGGCUUCUCCACAACAUCUUGCCCAAAGAUGUGGCUGCACACUUUCUGGCACGCGAGCGGCGGAAUGACGAGCUGUAUUAUCAGUCGUGCGAAUGUGUGGCUGUCAUGUUUGCCUCUAUCAGCAACUUCUCUGAGUUCUACGUGGAACUGGAGGCCAAUAAUGAAGGUGUGGAGUGCUUGAGACUACUCAACGAGAUCAUCGCUGACUUUGAUGAGAUCAUUAGUGAGGAUCAGUUUCGUCAACUAGAAAAGAUCAAAACCAUUGGCAGCACCUAUAUGGUCGCGUCUGGGCUUAAUGACUCCACUUAUGAUAAAGCAGGAAGGUCGCACAUUCGCGCUCUAGCCGACUACGCUAUGCGCCUCAUGGACCAGAUGAAAUACAUCAAUGAGCACUCUUUCAAUAACUUCAAAAUGAAGAUCGGUCUCAAUAUAGGUCCCGUCGUGGCUGGUGUCAUAGGGGCUCGUAAACCGCAAUAUGACAUAUGGGGGAAUACUGUGAAUGUAGCCAGCCGUAUGGACAGCACUGGGGUACCUGAGAGAAUACAGGUCACAACAGACCUCUACCAGGUUCUCAGCUCCUAUAACUACACACUGGAGUGCAGAGGCGUUGUGAAAGUCAAGGGCAAAGGAGAAAUGACAACCUAUUUCCUAAAUGGAGGACCUAACAGCAGUUAACACUCAACGUCUGAUAUUCAGAACAUUUUUGAGAUGACAUGGAGAGGAGGCGCUGUGGGCCGUGCCUGCCAGGCUGUUGAAGGACAUCCUCCUGGACCAAUCACAAUAGGAUUUGUUCAGAAACAGCCCUCAGCCAGUCUUAGAGUGGCCUCUUUGUACACUUAAUGGAGGGCUUUGCCCCCUUUAUUUAAGGCAUGGAACAGCUCAGAAAGAUGGUUCAUCCAAAGAAACAAAGGAAUCUCAAGGCAUACAAAGCAGUUCUCCCAGUCUUAUAUUGGCAAGAGAGGACAGAUGAACUGCAUUCUCUGCACCUGGCUUUGGCUCUCUCAGGUGUGGCGGGACUGCGAUCUUACUCCACCGACUGGUCCCGGUUGCUUCAAAACAAAACUGCAUGAAAACACUGAAGCCAAUAUACCUGUAAAACACAUGUUUUAUGUGUAUAUGAUUCAUCAGUGUAUGUAAAGAGUUCUGUUCAUAUGGUCCUGUUGGGUUCAACACUGUCUAGGUGAUAUCACAGUAGAUAGAGAUAUCACAAUGAGCUAAUUUAUGGUAGAAGGCCAUAGUGAGCACAGCAGCUCUACAAACACUUUAUGGUUUCCCGAACUUUGCCGCAGCGACUGUGGUUGUUACUGGUAAAGGAGCUAGCAUAGACAGUGUUACCUCUGAAUGAUCUAGAGUUGAGAAUUAACUUGAAAGGACCCAAAGUCAUUCAUUUUCAAGUUUGGGAUUUGCCCAGGUCCAACAAUGCAACCAAUUUAGACUGAUCUGAUGGAGCAUGUCAAUCUGUCUUCAGUCAGAUACUGUAGUCGAGAAUUGCUUUGACUAAAUUUUGUCCUUGCAGCCAGCAAUUUAUGUCUUUAACCAUGUGCGGGGACAGUAUUUAAAAAACGAUGCAUAUGACAAUUAAGUGUAUGUGGACCCAAAUAGCCUAGCGUUUAUGCUUUCGAGACGAAUAAAUGGCCGCCCACAUUGACAAAGAGCACGCACUGAUUCUCGUUCAUCUUUAAUAUGAUGCAUAAUGCACUGUUACAACUUGUAUACAACACGUUCCCUUCCAGAAUGUUUAUUUUAGAAGCGUAAAUUGGUUUGUUUAAAAUAAAAAAUGAGAUUGAACAAGCAACCAACUAGUACAGCGGAUGGUGACAUGCAAGUUGCUGGCGGCAUAAACAGGGCAUGUGACUUACUGUUCCAAACACAAAUUUAAAUUCACAAAACUACAGACACUUGUAUACACCGAAGACACUUUUAAGGACAGAGGAGAACGGUCAAAUAUGGCUGUUUUUGUAUUUUUAACAUUUUAUAUUUUGACUCCAAAAGCCAAACUGUCAAAGCUAUUUUAGAUGAUAUAUUUUAUACAUUAAUAUAUUAGAAUGCUGUCUAUAAACACACACACACU